AUGAGUAAGUAUAGUAUAUUAAAUAUUAGGGGGUCAUUUACAGAGAAGAUAAUGUACAAAAUACAAUAAUUGAUGGGUCUAUAUUUGGACUUAAUGACAACAGCACCAAAAGUGGAAUUGACAGAAAAUUUAUUUAGAGCUACCAUAAUAUUUUAAUUUAUGUUCCGUCUUCACUAUUUAUUACCAGAGGAUGGAUGGGGAAUAUGGAAUUACGAGGAUUUUAAGAUCAAAAUCCCCUAAUAAAUACUAUCAACGAUAUUUUAGCAAAAUGCAAUUUUACUCAAAGUAAUUCUCAUCAUUUUGAAUGGUUGUUGCUUAUUGAUGAGUUUUAUGCGAAUUAAAUUGAUGUACUAUUAUAACAAUGUAACUUGGCAUAUCUUUUUUAUGCCUCAGGUCUCAAUAUUGAUAGAUUUUGAAUCAAAUCCAAGCCUUUCAACAAUAGCAAUUAUUUUGCUGCUAAUUCAAUCUUUCAUUAAUUUAUACUUCAACAGAGCAACAAAAUUCUUACACAACAAUCCAUUUAUAAGGAAGUAUACCAACCUUACUCUUGUGUCUAUAGCUAUUGAUACUCUCUGCUAUAUGAACUUUCAAUUUUAUUUGAUUAGAUUGAUAUUACUUCAUUUUUCAACAAUAGUGUAAAUAGUUGAUGUCUACUCAUUUCAUCCCUACAAACCCAAACUUAAUUCAUUUGUGUUUUAAAGUGCAGUAUUACAAUACACUCUCAUUUUCAUCACAACAAUAUCAAUCAUCCAGUAAUCAGAAAAUAAUUUAUUUUAUUCAUAUUUUCUAUUUGGUUCAUUUUCAGUGGCGUUAUCCUAAAUAAUAAUUGAAAAAAGCUCCAAAAAGUAGACAUUUGAUUAAUACUUUGUUUUAGUCCAGAGUUAAUCAUUAUAUCUGGCAUCAAACAUAUAGAAGGCGAUCAUGAUUAGUUAACAUAGAUAAAAUUGCAAAUUCAAACAUGAAAGCAACGUAAUUGAAACCAUUAUUUGUAUACUUGACAACUCAAUCAAAAGAAACAAAUAAGUCAAAUUAGAUUAUGAAAUUUUGGAGUUGGCGUUAAUUAAUUUCCUAUCCUUAUAAAAAGCUGCAUUAACAGCCUUUUGUAGAUUAAAAAUGUACUAUAAUGCAGUAGAUGAUCAUACAAUAUAUUUUUAAAUAUGCUUUCCGAACAUCGAUAAGAAAUUAUGGAAGAGAGUUAGAGAUGUUUAAAAUAGAAUUACUAAAUAGAUCAGAUCAACUUCAUAUUAUGAUGAGAAGGAUCUAAAGACAAAAGAUAUUUAUGUUGCAUGUUUGAUGAGGGAUUAAUUUUAUCCCAAAAUCAUAGAGGUAUUGAAUAAGAAGCUUGAAUAUUGGAAUUAGUUAUUGUCAGAUCUUGCCAAUUACGAAAGACUCUUUGAACAUACCAUAAAAUGUAGCUAAGUGGUACAUAAUUUCAAUAUCUUUCUUUAAAAUCUAUUCUCAUAAGAUUUGGAUGAAGUCUAGAAUGUUAAGACUGUUAUAGAAUUGAAAAUGUUAGAAAUUUAUUUUUGUGUGGUUAGAAACGAUUAGGUUUAGGCCACUAAAAUGCAGAAACUUAUCAUUGAGAUGCUGAGACAGGAAACCCAACAGGAUGGAAAGCUAUUAAAUUGUAGCAUUCUGGAAAACAAAGUUGUCUUAUUGUACACUAGUAUAGUUAAAGCAUAAGGGUUCAUAAUUAAGAGCAAUAGCGAUCAAUUAGCUAAGUUUUGGGGAUAUGAAAGUGAAUUAGAUUUCCAUGAUAUCAAGCAUAUCAACCAGCUGAUGCCAAACUUCUGUGCUUCUGUCCAUGAUUAAUACAUAGAGAGAUCUCAAAUUUUAGGUCAUAGCAUUCUCUUUGGGAAGUGCAGAACUAUAUUUCUUAAAGAUAAAUAUGAUUUACUCAUUCCUGCCAGCAUUACUAUUGAUAACUUCUUCAUCAGCUAUGAUGAUUAUGUCAUCACUGCAGCCUUUGCUAAAAAUAAAGAGACAUCCUUAUAUAUUCUAUUUGAUUGCAAAGGGAAAAUACUGGGAGUCACUCAAUUGAUGUAUAAAGUAUUUCAUACAAUUGAUUCAACGGUUACUCCAGAAUUAUUGAAUACAGGAUAUAUAUUUCAGAUUAUUCCAAACAUCUUCUAUCUAAUUAAUAAUCAUACAAAUGCAGAAUUUGAUAACCUGCUAUAUGAAGAGAGGAUUCAUUUAACUAUUGGUAAUCCUAUUAAAUAGUAGUUCGAUAAAUAAAUAAAUUUAUCUAAACACAAGGGAUAUUAUGAUGACUUAUGGACUCUGUAUGAAGAUACUAAAAAUCAUAAAACUGAGUUGUUUCUUUAGGAGUAUUAAGAUGCUUGUAAGUCAUUCAUAGAUCAUUAACUAAAAACUGUGAAUUUCGAAAUCAUAUGCCAACUUCAUUAUUAAAUAAUUGGACAUUACAAGACUAUGCCUAUGUUUACAUUGGAAAUUUUGGACAUCAUCAAAGCAGAUUUAUAAUCAAGUAUACUGUAUUCAUCUGACAUGGAAAUUAAAACUAAUGAUAUAUUUGAGCCAGAUCCAGUUGACUUAAGUUCCAUUUAAGAGGAGAGCUUUCAGAAAGUAAAGAAUAAUGACAUUCCAUAAUUCGAUAAUUAAUUAUAAUAAGUUCCUGAAAUAAUUUUCCUUAAAGGAAGAGUUGAAUAACCAUUAAAUGAAUAGACUCCGAAAAACAUUAAAUAGAAAUAAUUAAUGUAACCUCAAUCCCAGAAAGCUACUUUUUAGGUGAUCGAAUAAAAGAGUUUAAAUGAUGAUCUGAAAAGCAUUGAAGAAGAAAUGAAAAUUAUGAAGGUGAAUAAAAGAUAUAGCUAGAAGCAAAUCGUUGUCAAUGAGAAAUAAAAUGAGGAACAUAAAAGUUCAGAAAAGUUAACCAAAAGAAAAAACAUCAUUGAUUAAAUCUAAGAAAAACGCAAAUAAGACAUCAAUGAAAUGGAUGCUGUCAAUUCUGUUAAUUCAAUAGCUUCUAAUUUGAUCAACUACAAGUAAGAUCUUGUGAAAAGUGUUUACAAAUCAAAUAAAAUUCCGUAUUCACUUAAGAUGAUCAUAAUUUUUGAUAUCUUGAUCAUCUCCUCAAUACUAAUCUUUAACAUAUUCCCAAUCAUUACAAUUCAUGAUAACAGUCUCCAUGCUAUCGAGCAAAUUGACGCUAUAAUGGCUCCAUAUUUGUAUAAUUCUUAUUAUUGUUAAUUGUAUGUACACAAUCUGAUUUUUGAAUUACAAAAACUCUCGAUUGUGAAUUACAGUCAAGAACUAAUAAGGGAUAUAGAAGCAAUCAAUAAAAAUAAUACACUUCUGUAAGAUCUAAACAAAUACUACCCUGUGUUUUUGGAUAUAGAGAAACUAGAUUACUUCCCUACAUUAAACAUUCAUUUCAUAAACACUGCAGAUUAAUUGAAUGUGUCAUUUACUUAUAUGUACAGUGUCCUAAUUGAGAAACUAUAAUAUUUCACCUAAAAAGGAUAGAACUUUUCUAAAUAUUAGAUGAAUGAAUCAGAGAUUAUUUCAUCCUUAUAUUUGUAUGCUAAUUUAUAGGAUAGUAUAACUCUCUAUUCAGAGUUGAUUGAAUUGAUUGUACUCACCUUUUUUGAAGACAUGGUUUAUGAUGAAAACAACUUCCUUAAAUAUCUAAUAGUUGCCCUGUUUGUAAUUAUCUUUUUAUUUUGGAUCUAGAUUAUAUAUUUUCAUUAAAUCUUCAAUUACUUUAAAAAGAUAAUAUACCUAAAUUGUAGACUGUUAGAAAAGGAUGUUCAUUUGAUAGUAUAGAGAUUGCAAUUAAUUCGAGAGAUUCUAAUCGAACAUACAGUUACAAACUGGAAAAAGGCUGACUAUGUUCAUUUGAUGUUUCAGCAGAUCAAGUCUGAUCAAAUACAAAUUCAAUCGAAAAUCAAUAAGCAUACUCUUCUCUGCUCCAGAAUUGCACAAAGUAGAUUUUCUCUAUUGGCCAUCCUUGCUAUGAUUAUAUCCGUUCAAUCGCUCAUUGUAGGUUUCUGUGUUGGUGGGUACUUCUUUAAUGAGAUUUAGCAAAUAGAAUUAACUCCCUAAUAUGAGUUGAUGUCCCAAUUCUUUCAAUUUUCAGUCACUAUGGACUCGAUGGUUACUCAGUCUAUUAGAGUGAAAGGUCAGAGACUCUAUAUGCAAAAUAAUAAGAUUAAUGAGUCCAUAACAGUCCAAAAAAAGUUAGUUGACUAAAAACUGUUAGUCAUGAGAACUACGAAUUUAACUUUUUAUUCAAAUUUAUAUGAAGAUUUUGUUAAAUCAGAAGAACUAAUCAUUAAAGGAUUGAUUAAUGAUGAUUCUGUGGAUCGAUAGAAUAAUUCUACGUUGUAUCAACUCUUCUUUAAUGAUCUAUGUCCCAUCGUAUGUCCCAAUUCUACUGAUGAAAAAGAUUAGAAUAAAUAUUAUGUGAGUGAAGGCAUAUCCGGGAUAUAUUCAAGUCUUAGUAAAUAUAUUAAGAGUUCUUUUAAUUAUGAACUCGAAAAUCUGAAAUAGGAUCCAGAUGUCAAGGCUCAAAUAAGUGUGGUAAAUUCCCAUGAAUUUAUUGUGUUAUUUUCAAGACAUUUUAUAAAUACUAAAAAAGCUUUUCUAAAAUUUUAAGAAGAAAUACUUAAUAAAACCUACAAAGUUAUUGAAAAGAAUGAUAAGGAAAUCUAAGCGUAUUUUUCAUGUGUGUUACUUAUUGAAAUCAUAAUAGCAGGAUGUACAUUUGUAUAUUGUAUUAAAUUGAAACAAUACCAAAUAUAACUAAUGAGAUUGUCCUUAAGCAGUAUUCCAAUAGAUUUAUUAGAUCAACAAUCAAUAAGUAUUCUUAAAACAUUAUGA